AUGAGUGACGCGGACGACGCAGAGCAAAUGAUCAAUGAGGGAAGCUCAGACGAAAAUAACGAUAGAGAGCUCGCGAAGCUAAGACUCCAGCUCGAGAUAGAAAAACUAAAACUCGCGCAAAUUCAAGCUGGAGCCGGGAACGGUUUCAGGCAGAAUGGGGAAAGCAGGAACAGAGUGAGUGAGUACGCCAAGGACCUACGAGGUGUGUUAGCUGCAAUGCCAGAGUCCGAAGCUCUAGUUCCCGCGUGGUUUGUAAGCGUUGAAACUGUAUUUAAAAACUUCAACGUGCCGGAAGAUGUGCAAGGUACUGUGCUGCUUGCAUAUCUGAGCGAGAAAAUGAGAGCAGUGAUUGCAAGACAUGGCAAUGGGAAAUUCCUCAGUUAUCCUGACGUGAAGCAAAAGGUGCUAGUCGAACUGCGGUUGACACCUGCUGAGUAUAGAAGGCAUUUCUACCAGGCAAAGAAAGGUGAUUCCGAGUCGUGGGGCCAGUUUCUAACACGAUUGACAGCUCUCCUCGACCACUAUACCGAUAGUCGCAAAGUUAAGAGUCUGGACGACUUACGAGACCUAAUCCUAGCUGACAGGCUCCUGUAUCUUAUGCCUGAGGAAACACGUUCGUACGUGGCUCUCGCUGAAAUGAGGGAAUGGCACAGGCCAGACAAGGUAGUGGAACUGGCAGAAAACUUCGAGGAAAUCAAGCGAGUAUCCAGACAGCGGAAACCGGUAGCCGCAACCACCGCAACGCCUCAAAAGCGACAUUCAGAACAGCGCGAGAAUAAGCCAAUUUCCGCCAAAAACGGUGAGGCCGCUCGCCCUUCUACGGCGACUCGUGGAGUAUCGAAACGGGUGAUUCGUUGUUAUCACUGUAAAGAUCUGGGCCAUUAUGCUAGGGAUUGCCCCCGGUCUGUUUUGAGGGAAUCUGAACGGGACUUUGCGGAAUCGCGGACACGAGACGAGACAGAACGGAAGUUGUUGCCAAAGUUGCAUUGCUACGGGGGGGGGGGGGAUGCGACAGGUCCAGUAAACGAAAGUAAAAUGCAGGAAGAUGCCGCACAGUAUGUACGCUUACGAGUAGGGGAUAAUCUUCUCACAGCUCGAUUGGAUUCGGGAGCUGACAUAACUGUAUUAAGGCGAGACGCAGUUUCACUUGCCGACAAUGAAAAGGAAAGUGGGCAGAUAAGGUUAAAAGGAGCUUUUGGACACAUUGUCCCAGCACAGCUUGUGGAAGUCCCGUUGGGAAUAGAGACAGAGAAUGCGUGCAUGCAGCAGGUACUGACCCAAUGUGCUGUGACAGACGAGCUAGCGGACGGCAUAAAUGCCUUACUGACCCCUCAUGAUUGGGUAAACAUAAAGAAUGCUAAUGAGAAACUGAAUGAGGAAGAGUUAGAUACGAUUGAACCGCGGUCAAUAUCCAUACCGGUGGAAUUUGAGGAAGAGACGUGCGAUCGGGAAAGGGAUGAGAAAGAGGAACACAGCAUAACCGCAGCUAUCAAUGUAGCGGUAGAGAGCGCAGAUCCCGAAAUGAGGAAUGUGGAGUCACAUAAUUUCGCAACUGAACAAAGAACUGAUGAAUCCCUAAAGGAAUCGUGGGAACACGCGAAAGAAGGGUCGCAUGGCAUGGUCAUUGUAGACGGAUUGUUGUACCACAACGACUGCAUGGACUUCGGUAAUUGUAGACAAUUGGUUAUACCGGCGUCGCGUAGGAGAGAGGUUCUGACAAUUGCGCAUGACUCUCCAUGGGGAGGGCAUUUUUCGUACAAGAAGACGAAACAACGAGUUAAAAGUGCGUUCUAUUGGCCUUCAGUGACAUCAGAUAUAAAGAAAUAUUGUCAGUCGUGCCACGGAUGCCAGAUAUUUUCUAAAGCGAGGAGCACUGAUCGCGUCCCGAUCACGCCAAUAACCAGACCCGAGGAACCGUUUAAGGUAAUAUAUCUAGACUGUAUUGGACCCCUCGACCCCCCUUCAGCCCGUGGGCAUCGGUACGCAUUAUGCCUGAUAGACCUCUGCACGCGAUGGCCCGAGGUUAUACCACUCCGUUCUUUGACAGCCAGGGCUACAUGUCAGGCGCUGGUUGAUGUGUUCGCGCGGUACGGCACGCCCGAGCUUGUGUGUUGUGAUCAGGGAACGAACUUCACUAGUAAGCUAACGCAAGAGUUAACCGAGAGGAUGGGAAUUAAAGUUAGGUUCUCGACACCUGAUCACCCACAGAGCAACGGCAUCGUCGAACGGUGGAAUGGCACUUUCAAGGCUAUGCUACGGCAUGUCGUAGCAGACGAAGGCAGAGAGUGGGACCGCUACGUCUCAUGUCUUUUGUGGGCUUAUCGGGAGGUACCCAAUGAGGUUACCGGAGUGUCGCCGUUCCAGCUAAUGUUUGGCAGGGUCCCGCACGGUCCCCUUCAUAUCCUGCAGCAGACAUGGACAGGCAACUGA